CUCCGAGACCAAGGCCCUGUUUGAGAGGCACCGGCCCACCCACGUCAUCCACUUGGCCGCCAUGGUCGGGGGCCUCUUCAAGAACAUCCGCUCCAACCUGGAUUUCUGGAGGACAAACAUCCACAUCAAUGACAACGUCCUGCACUCGGCCCACGAGAUGGGGGUGGAGAAGGUGGUCUCCUGCCUCUCCACCUGCAUCUUCCCAGACAAGACCACGUAUCCCAUCGACGAGACCAUGAUCCACAACGGGCCCCCUCACAGCUCCAACUUCGGCUACUCCUACGCCAAGAGGAUGAUUGACAUCCAGAACAGGGGUUAUUCCGAGCAGCACGGCCGGCGCUUCACCGCCGUCAUUCCCACCAACGUCUUCGGGCCGCACGACAACUUCAACAUCGAGGACGGCCACGUCCUGCCGGGGCUCAUCCACAAGGUCCACCUGGCCAAACAGUCCGGCUCCGCUCUGACCGUGUGGGGAACGGGAAAGCCCAGGAGGCAGUUCAUCUACUCCCUGGACCUGGCCCGGCUCUUCCUUUGGGUCCUGCGGGAAUACGACGAGGUGGAGCCCAUCAUUUUGUCAGUGGGAGAAGAAGACGAGGUGUCCAUCCGGGAGGCGGCGGAGGCCGUGGCAGAGGCCAUGGAUUUCCGGGGAGAGCUCCUCUUUGACCCCAGCAAGGCCGACGGGCAGUUCAAGAAGACGGCCAGCAACGCCAAACUCCGGCGGUACCUGCCCGGCUUCCAGUUCACUCCCUUCAGGAAAGGUGAGGUGGGGACAUGGAGGUCCUGCCUCUGCCAGCCUUGGGGGCAUCAGGGUGGUCCAUCCUUCGGGAUGAGGGUGGUGGAACACUGGCACGGGGUGUCCAGGGACGUUGGUGGUUUCUCCGUCCCUGGGAAGUGUCCAAGGUCAGGGAAGGUCCCGGCCGGCAACAUCCUGGCCAGCGCUCCCUCCGAUAAAAACCUGGAAGCUUGGAGGGGCGCUGCCAAGAUGCUGCUGGAGACCGGGGAACACCCGGCAAAGCUGCGGGGGGACGUCUGCACCCCCGGGGGCACCACCAUCCAUGCCCUGCACCAGCUGGAGAAGGGAGCGCUCCGGGCCACCGUCAUGAACGCUGUGGAGGCGGCCACCAACCGCGCCUGGGACAUGGCCAAGGACUAG